GCGCGAACACACGCAGUGCGCGAGAGCGUUCCAUUUUUAAAAGUUUUCUCGCGGUAUUUUUCGAAAAUGGAAUCAUUUAUCGACAGUGUUUUUAUUUUUUAAUUUUAUAUUUUUAUGAAUAAGAACUGUGUGUUUUAAAAAGGAGUUUCUAAGUGAUCUGUGAAAUGACAGUUGGUUAUUUUUUUGUCCGCGGAACAUCUUAUUGUGCAAUAGGGAUUACUUUUUUGUAUCGGAGCUAAGGAUACGAUCAAAAAUGCUGAAGUGGGCGGUUUACGGUAAAAAGAACCAAGACCUUCGGGUUUCCAACGACCUUGACAAUGAAGACGAACAUUAUAGCGAUGAACAUUACAACAACAAUAAUAAAGUCAGAAGAUCUCUCGAUGCACAAACAGUCAAAAAGAGCAAAAAACCAAGCAGAUACCAGCGAAGGUCCCUAGGAUCAGCUGCAGUUAGGAAAAACAUGAAAGCCGUAGAUAAAGAAAAUGUUAACUAUAUAGGAAAUACACCAAACUAUUACAGAGAAGGUUUCAUCAAAAAGCCAGAAGGGAUUGCUUUAAAAGAUGUUAGCAAUAUAACUCCUACUGGCACUCCAGUCAAGAAGUUUGACAGGAGAAAAUACUACAUAAAUAGUUCCAGAGACGACAUUCCACCAGAUUUACCACCCACACCACCAACUUACAGCAGGAGGGUAAGGGAAGCUAAGAAAAGAAAACUUGAAAUGGCGAGUGCAAAUGAAGUGUUUAGAAGAGAUAGCUGUGUGUACAAAUCGGAAAGAAGAAUAAAGCCUAUUGAUAGAAAUUCGUUCAGUCCAAAGCUAAGUCAUAGUACUUCUGAGCCGUCACUAAGUGAUUUAUCUGAUAGACUAAGUGCUACGACAACUAGCAGUAGAAACUCUUUUGCCCUAGGGAAACAAUUAAAUAAACCUGUAUGUACUACCAAAACUAUAAACGAUGGCUUAGUUGAAAUAGAGUAUGAUAGAGAUCUAGUGCUCAAUUGUGUAGAAAAACCUCUAACUAUCAAUAAGAGUGCUAUUGAAAAGACCACUCUACCUAUAUUUGGACAUCAUAUCUUUAUGGAUAAUCCCUUAUACUUUAAUAACAACGAUAUUGGUCUCACAAAUAUAAGGCCUUUGAAAAGGACGCGAAAGAAAUCGAAUGAUUUUGAAAGUUCGUUUAAAUCGCCAUCUGUAGACAAGAAAGACGCACAUACGCUAGUAAGAGAUGGAUGUUCACCAGUCUCUAUCACACCUUUAUCUACAAAACUAGCAGCUUUAAGAUUCAGUACUAUGAGUGUACAUAGUAAAUCGCAAAGAGUUGCUUUCACUAACGAUGUUACAGAAUAUUUUCCUAAAGUAGAAAAUCCUUUUACUAUCCCUUUGAGGGACGAAGAAACUUCUACUGAAAUGGAAAAUAAGUUUAUCUUAGGCAAGGAUUCUACGUCUAAUAAUACAGACUCAACUGUCUCAACCACGCAAAUGGGAGAUGUUACACUUGAAAGAAUGAUCGAGGACAUUAUAAAGAGUACCAAAAUUAUUAAAUCUAAAAGAAGGAUAUUGAAUAAAGCUCCAGUUUUAGAUGUUCACGAAGAAAUUCCUCCUCUUGAUACUGUAAAAGACUUAUUCGUAAAUCCUCAGGCGGAAAACAAGACCAAUCUAAUCAGAGAAGCCAAGUACGUAAACUUGUCUCGAGAAAACUCAGUUUCUCCUAAAACCACACCAACCAAAAGAAUGCCAGUACACAGAGUCAAUGAUAAACUAUUGAAGAAUCUUCCUAUUGGUUGCUUUAUCCUUGAUGACGGUGAUGGUUAUAAUGAAAGAGAAGUCAGGACCCCAGACAAUGCUAUUGAUGUGAAGCGCAAAGCAAGUCCUAAAAAACGUUCGACUCUCAACAGAUCGCAAUCUAUGAAUAUAUCUUAUGAAAGAGGGAAUUUAGAAUCUAUGUCUUCAGAAUCAACUCCUGACUUAUAUUCAGCUGCAGAAGAAAGAGCAAGUCUAAGGCUUAAGCGACAAAAGUGUAUACGAAGGAAAAAAUCUACAGUUAGCAAUGAAAGUCAAUGGAAGAACAAAGAUCUUAAGACUUCAAUUCUGACACUAGAGAUAGGAAUACCUAGUCCAUCGACAGAACUACCUAAUACAUCAUUAUGUGAGCCUUUAAGCCCUCCUUUAUCUAACCCUAUCGAGACUGAUGAUUACCAGAACAUUUCAUUAAAAUCUAACGUAUCACAUAGCAGUUUGAUGCCUUACACCAACUCUCACAACAAGAGAUCAAGAGAACUAUUUGGACUUACUCUAGAACAUGGUAUUCCUAGUCCUAUUACACCAGUUCCUAAUCUCAAAAGACCAGGCAAGGUACUGAGUGAAGAGAGAGCUCAUAAGACGAGUAAAUUGGAUGAUGACUUCCUACCUACUGAUGCGUAUACGCCAGUUAUUGAGCAUAAGUCUAUACGCAGAUGUUUGACUUACUCCCCAGAGGAAAAUAGCAUAAGUAGUAGCGAAGAGAAAAGAAGGAGUGUGGCCAGCAAUCGUCUAGAAAGAUCUAGCGAGAGAUUUCAAGCCCCAAAAGGGACCAUAGAUUUAGAAAUCAUUACUAGGAAUGACGUCAUAGACGUGCACGUUAUAAGAUGCCGAGAUCUUCAGAGGUCCUCAGGGAAAACGGAUGACAUCAAUGCUUAUGCGAAGGUCGUAAUCAGCGGCGUAACAGAGAGCCAAUCCCUGCCAUCUCAGCGAUCCAUCUUCCAGAGAACAUCAGUACUAUAUGGGAAGAGAGAACCUGAGUUCCAAAGACAUCUGAAGCUUCCACUACCAACUGCUGUCUACGACCAUCAAGUUCUUCAUAUCUCCGUGUGGCAUAGAGAUAAGAAAUACAGGCGGAGCGAGUUUUUAGGAUGUGUCUCGUUCCCACUAAAAGAUGCAAUUAACUGCGACAUAUCCGGCACGUAUUUCCUGCAACAAGGCUCUGGACGCGGCCAGAACGCGACGCAGGCGCACGCAAAUGACAGAUUCGUUAGAGAGGACCGCGUGACUGAAGGGGACCCAGGCAAGAUGGCUACCGACAACAUUGAAACUAGCACUAACGAUGGCACUAAAGAAAAUCAUGAUAAAGGUGUAUCAACAAACGGCCCAUCAUCUACCACAGCGAGCCAGGCUCAAGCAGUGGCGGCAGCACUCCAGCGCGAAGCUGAUGAACACCUGUUCCUCCGAUACUUGGAGCUGGACCCCCCCGAAGAUCCCAACGCUCCUAGAAGAGCGCCCAGGAAUGGCAGAACUCCGUUCACUACCACAAGGAAACUCAUCCGCGGUACUGCUGGUGGUUUCGGCUUCACCGUGGUAUGGACCAGACCGCCCAGAGUUGAGAGGGUCGCGGCGGGAGGGUCAGCAGAACGUGCGGGGCUCAGGGCUGGCGACUACCUCGUGUUCGUGGGCAACAAAAAUGUGGUGACGUCCAAUGAGGAAGAAGUCAGAAACCUUGUCAAAUCGGCAGGUCAAAUGCUGAACAUAGAAACGUUCAGAAGAGUGCCUCCAAACGGCGUUGGGAUCCGACCGAGGCUGACGCAGGUGACCAUUCCUCCAGCGGAGUCCACGCCCCCUCCACCUCCAAGGUCCCCAAGAGGAGCAGCCUUAGCGUCUCCAGCUACAGCUGCUCGACCCCCUACCGCCUGUUCUUCAACCAGCCAGUCUCUCGACAGACGCAAGCUCCAUUUGCCCCAAGUCACAUUCUCCAAAGAGACGCCAGGGUUAGCAACUGAUGGCCGAAAACGCGCGCUCCUAGCAGUGGUGGCCAGAGAACAGCACUACGGUACCUGCCUACAAUUCGGCCUCGUCAGAUUUGUGUCACCCCUGGCUGAGAGAGCAGACCUCAUAGCGCCCAAUGAUCAUCAGCUGCUAUUCCAGAAUAUUGAAGAGAUCUUCAGACUAUCGGAAGACAUCUUGGAUCAAGUGGUGCAAGAUGACGGAGAGAUCCAGACGUCGACAGUGGUCGCAAUCUACCUGCAGAAGACUCCCGUGUUCCUUAGCCUUUACAAAAAGUACUGCCUUGGUCUCAAGAGAGCUGACUGUGUUUUGGUAAAAAAGUCAAAAGACCCAAGCGGAGCAUUCUCCCGGUUCUGCACAAGUCCCCCCAUACCUAGAAGAAGACCAGACAUCACGUCGCUAGUCCACAAACCAUUGGAGCAGUUCCGAGAGCUGUUACGGCUGAUGAGAGCGGCAGCGGCAGCAAAUGGUGCUGGACCUUACGACCAGCUGGAGAAGAAACAGCUUCAAGUGAUUGUGGAGCAGUUACAGAGUGGUUACCAAGACGUGACGGCUGGGUCAGGCCUGAUGGGCCUCGCUGGAGAUGGCAAGCCGCUGCUGUCCGUCGCCGACUUGGAAAGUCGACUUGUGUUCACUAGGUGUAAGCCAUUCGUGCUAAGCACGGCAGGUCGUCAAUGGAUCUUCGGAGGCGAGCUCUCAAGGGUCGAAGGUCGCGCAGUGAGACCAUACUGGGCGUUGCUGUUCAGUGACCUGCUACUCUUCGCUACCGUCUCCAGGGACCGGGUGCUGUUCGUGACUGAGGAACCAGUCGCGUUAGGGACCGUGUCUGAAGCACAGUUCAACGUUAGGAAGAAGGCAACGGAAUUCCGUUUAAUCCUGGGCCGUGCGGGUGGCGAGUCCCCGCUAGUCUCAUGUUCGCCGCGCACGCCAGCUCGGACAAGAACAGUCGUGUUAAGAGCUCCCUCGAUCGACCUGAAGGCUGUUUGGCAGAGCUUACUGCAGAGGCAAAUAUAUCGUGCCCACACGAUGUCAGGCACUCCACUUGGGUCGCCGCUGGACUCGCCGGACCCGCAGCUGACGUUCUCCCUCGCCACGCUGGACUCGCAGCAACGCCAGGUAUCAGCGUCCAGCAUCCAACGGCACUCCAGCCUGGCCCUCUUACCGGCCAGCUCCUACCGCUCGCACCUCAACAUGCUCGUGGAAGAACGCCCAGAAAAGGAAGUCAGAACGCGACGCAGUUCAGUGGAAACACAAACGGGAGGCGGGGGGAGUGCCACUGAAGGAGCCAGGAGUACUCGCAGCAGAGGAUCUACUCUUCACCUGCAGAGAUGGAUGACGCAACUGCCUGAAGCCGAGGAGUUGGAUCCGCCUGAGCCUGAUAUGGAAAUGUGGAGCGUAGAAGAACUAAGAAAACGGUCCAAAGAACUUAACCUUUUAGAGGUAGCUGAUCUAGUUUCAAGCCAUGAAGCUAAAGGAACGUCGCCAGGUGACAAGAAGGAUAACGAUCGAAGUCCAUCAAAAAGCAGCAAUUCAGGAAGUCAAAUAACGGUAAGGACAAGCCCAGUGGUUGUAGACACGAUACCCGUCUGCAGACAGUGCCACAAAAAGUGUUUGUCCAAACCAAAUAGCCCCUUAGUGUCCCAAAAGGAACCACCAGUGAUACCCGCCAAACCAAAAACCGAGGCAUCGCCCCAAAAUUCCAACUCUAAUAAGAGUUCCACCAGUCCAUGUAGUGCACACUGUGGCAAUCGCAAGCCAAGAAACUUCUCACACUUAGAACGUAAAAAUGCCAUUAAAUUACGUCCCGAAGAUGGGCCGAGAGCAGCGAAGAAGGUUAUAGACUCUAUAGAACAAAGCCAGAGAAUGCUCAAAUCAACGUCUUACGAACUGAAAACUGAUUCACCAAUUUUAAGCAGAAGCGUUCAUUCAAUUCAUACAAAGAGCCAGUUAGAAUUAAGAAAAGAUAACUCAAUAAGAUCACCAAGUCCAUCAUCUAGUAGUCGAAACAGUCCUCUGUCAACUAGCCACACAACCUGUAGUUCUAUGGUCUUUAAUUCUAGUUCUAACGAUUUAAGAAUGUCCAAUUCAAACAUUGCCAACCAGGUCCAAUGCGUCAUUGCUCAAGAGAAAUACUUGAACGAGGUGAAAUGUGUUGAAAGUAUAACUUUAACGAAAACCAAAACAGCAACGUCCAGCUACCCAUCGCCUGCGUCUGUUAGAAAAGAACAAAUUACUAGACAGAAAGCUGAAAACGUACUCAACAAAGUUUUAGGCAUGAAUAUUAUAACUAAAAGGGAAAAUGUCGGUUCUUGUUUGAAGACUUCAUCGGUAUUCCUAGAAGAUGAUUCAAUACACGAAGAUGACAAUGAUUUUAAAAUAGAGAGAGGUCUCAGAAGGUCCCCUAGAAUGGGCAUUUCGGCAGUCAGUAAAAUGAAUGGUGACAUAACUAAGAAGACUGAAGAUGUAAACGCAAAUGCUACUGAUGCAGGUUCAGAUGAUGAUUUAGAGUUAGGACCCCUAAUGUUGAUGGGCCUAUCAGCCAUCAAUCCUGCAGCGCAUUUAAUGAGAGUCGAACCAUUUAAAAGAGCUUCAGGGACGAGUUUGAACAAUCCAUGUUCUAGACCAGGUAGCCUUGGCUCAGUCAAGUCAGAAUCUCCUGUUCCUAAUAUAGCUGUCGUCCCACCAACGCCCGACUAUAAUUCCACUAAUAAGACUGAUGACCUUGUAGAUGAGUCCCCAGAUUCCCCAGAUGUCCCAGACGACCUGCCUUAUGUAACGCUCAAAAGAUAUGGAACAAUGUCAAGCCUGGAGAGAUUACCGUCCGAUGAGACUGACGAUGGCAACGUAAGACUGACAGCACAAGAGCCAGAAACUUCGAAAGCUUAUAACAAUCCAGUAACUGGUGCAGCUGGUGGUAUAAUGGGCUGGACAGCAAGAGCAGGAUCUUUUGUCGUGGAGAAAAUGAAUAUCUUCAGUUAUACCGAGAGUGUGCCCAGCACAGCUAUAGCGCACAAACAACCUUCGUUCUUAGAGAGAUGUCUCGGAGUCAGUGAUUGGAAGUCCACAAUUGGCACAGAAGAGGGCACAGGAGAAACAGGGGAGGGAAGUGGAGCAAGUGGUGAAGAAGCCUGGGGCACUCCAUCAUCUGGUGACCUGUCUGAUAACCUGCCUGAUUCUGAACAUGGAACUCUGUCGUCCCCAACGAAGUCAUCAUCUUCAUAUGCCGGCGAUGAUGAUACGGAGCUGAUGAUGGAUGAACUCCUCAUGGCUCCAACGAUUACAGGACCUACAACCAUGAGACCACUUCUGCCAAGGGAUGUUUUUAGGAGAAGACUGGAACCUCUCAUGGAGGAAGAGUGUUCUGACAGUGGUAGCGAGGACAACAAGCCUACCCCCACCAACUCUGACGACCAGGGCAGCGAGCGUGGCCUCGAUGCUGACGACUGUUGCGACGUGCCGCACCCGCCGCCCUCUGCUUCCGAUCAAGAACCAGAGGGCGGGGGUGCGGGCGUCGGCCCAGCUGCUGGAGGGGAGGGAGGUGGUGGCGCCGGGUGCGAGCUGAGCCCCGACCGGACGCCCACCAACGAGGCGCCCUCGACGCCCUUACUAUCUGUUUCAAGAGAGUUUGCGGAGGUGCGUGCCAUUGUUGGAGCUGGUCGUCCGGGCUCAGCCAGCUCGGACAGCACGCCCUCCACACUCGAACGCACCACUAUACACAACCCCACGUCACUCAACCAACCCGGACCAGCCGUUUCAGCCUCGGAGCCAGCACCAGCACCGGAGGUUAUCUCACCACGGGAGGAACCGAGACCACCGACGCCGGAGCGACUCACUCCUCGAGCGGAGAUGAGACUUGCUUUGGACCAGGGGAAGGAUAUGCUGGCAGAACAGGAGGUGUCCUGGGGUGGCGGGUCCGACCCCUGGUCGUUUCGCGCGGCGUGUCAGCGGUCGCUGCUGCGGCGCGUGGCGAGCGCCGACGCAGUGACGCUGUGCCGCGCGCACCCGCGCCGCACCGCCCCGCAUACUACUUCGCGCAAUUCUGUAUAUGCCUGGAAAGUUCCAGAAAGCGAGAAACCUAUGGAGAUGGAGCAACUGGCACGAGCGGAAGUUCAGACGAUGCGUUCGCGGACGCGCUCUCUAUGCCAGAACGGGAAGAUAAUGGGUUUCCUCCGUCGUCGCGCGUCGUCCGAUAGCCCGCGGCGCGAGCCGUUCGUGCUGUCGAGCGCGCGGCCGUUCUCCCCGCGCCGCAGCUCCGAGAAAAAUUUCGAGAAACGGUUCUGGAAACAAGUGACUAGAAGACGACAAUCCCUCGGAUCAAUCAGUCAAAUAUAGACGUGACAAACUAAAUAGAAACGAUCAUAUAAAGUGUUCAUGUGUAGAACUUCACGAUAUACAAGUAGAUGAUUCAGCAUUAGAGACUGUAAACCUAGACGGUCGACAUAAGGACCAGAAAUAAGAUAAAACUGGAGUGCUAUUGAAAGUGUGAAAAGACAAUGAAGAAAUUAAUGGAUUGCCAAACGAUAACAGAUAUAUGCCAAAUACUGACGAAAGGGACCUGUCAAUACUUCAUAUCUUAGAAUCACUUUGUUUAUAGUACAUUAACACUAUAGGCCUAAUUGUUGACUGUACAUAAAAGAGCUGUUUAUUUCUCAUAGUUGUACAAAUAGAAUUAUUUGUAACUGAGCUUGAUAGAGGAUGUAAAAUAUGUGAUAGGAUACGAACUGUUUUAACUGUCUUGUAAAUUGUUACAUCUGAUUAUAGAAACUUGUAAAUUUGUUUUUUCGUAAGUGAUGUAAUAUAUUUUUUCUCGUCUUUGUAUUCUACGUCGAUUUGUCCUUUGGAAUUUGUAACGCUUGGUUUUAUAUGUCGCACAAGUUAAGAUAAAACAUUUGUGUGUUCUACAGAAUAUAUUCAUCAAAUGUGAAUAUACAUUUUCACAUCCAUAUUUUAUUUGUCAA